CACUUUUUUAGCCGGAAAUUGGAAUUACAUAAAAUUACAACGGAAAAUUUCAAUUUCUUCAGCAGGAUGUAUCCGAGUGCCCAAGCCGUAGCAGCUGCUGCUCGACACCCGACAGAAGUUUUUGAGGGAACCUUUCCCAGCUACGCCACUGGAAAGAGUCGAUACUUCAUCAAAGACCAACGAAUAAAAGUUCCGCCUCAACCCGGGCAACCGUUUAAAUUCACUGUGAUCGAAGCAUGUGAUAGGAUUAAAGAGGAGUUCAAUUUUCUACAAGCACAGUACCAUAAUCUUAAAAUCGAGUACGAUAAGCAGAAUAGCGAAAAAGAGAAUCUACAACGACAUUGCAUAAUGUAUUACGAAAUGGCUUACACAUCCAACAUGGAGUUGCACAAACAGCCACCAAGAUUAGACCUGCCAAGAAUGAUACAACAAAUGCACGCCCAACAAUUACCGCCUGGUGCCACGAUGGGUCCUCAUCCAGGACUUCCGGCACUUCCAGGCAUGCCUCCUGGAAUUUCGGUUUCAACAUCCGCCUCGGCGGCACUUUUGGGCAUGGGAUUGAAUCCUGGAGCACCCUCAACUCCAGGAACACCUGGUGGUCACCCGCAUUCGCUUCUCGGUAAAUCCGACUUUCACCGACAACCUGAUGAUCUCAAAAGCAACGGAGGACUCAGCUCCACCGAAGAGAGACAUAGAAGUUCGAUAUCGCCUGGCGACAAGUACAGCAGGUCACGGACACCACAAGAGCAUCAUUCCCAUCACUCUCAAAACCAUCAUGAGCACUCAAUGCAUGCCAUGAAAAAAAUGAAAAAAGAGGAUAAGGACGCUGGACACAGUGACGGGGAGAAAAGCGACCAGGACUUGGUGGUUGAUGAUGCCAGCGAGGGUCCAACGAGCCCAGCAGUAAACGGAACCUCAUCACCUCGUGAGAAUGGCCUUGACAAGUUGGGUGUUCCACCUGUAGGUUUAAGUAUCCAGAAAAAAGACGCACCGCCUCAUUCUCCAAGAAGCGGAACCAGUAGUAAUGCUAGCACGCCAUCAACGAAGAAGAUGGACGAACGAGAGAAGCCAACGACUCCGAUUUCGAAACCGAUGACCCCUACUUCAGCUUCCAGUGGGAGCUUAAAGGCGACAGCCUCCAGCAAAAGUCUCCAAGGACCUCCGCCUCCAGGCGCUAUUCCUGGAGUUUAUUCUCACUACCCACCUGGACCGCCUCCUCAUCAUAUGCCACCUGGUGGCCAGCAUCACAUGGAUGUGAUGGGAUACAACGGCUACGGACCACCUAGAGGGCCAUCAUUACCCCAGCAGCUCUAUGAUCCCCAUGGUUCUAUGAGGGUGCCGCCUGUUCCGGUGGGUCCAGUUCCUGGGGGAAAACCGGCUUACAGUUUCCACGUUCCCAGUGAGGGUAUGAUGGUCCCAGUUCCCUUUCCUCAAGACGCCCUCAGUGCAGUUGGAAUCCCAAGACACGCUCGUCAAAUCAACACGUUGACCCACGGAGAAGUUGUCUGCGCAGUAACAAUCUCCAACCCGACUAAAUACGUCUACACAGGGGGCAAAGGUUGCGUGAAAGUUUGGGACAUAGGUCAAGGUGGUUCAGGCAAUCCUAAGCCAGUUUCGCAGUUAGAUUGUUUACAACGAGAUAACUACAUCCGAUCAGUAAAACUUCUCCCGGAUGGCAGAACUCUGAUCGUUGGUGGAGAAGCAAGUCAGCUGAGCAUCUGGGAUCUUGCUAGCCCCACUCCAAGAAUCAAGGCCGAGUUGACAUCAUCGGCUCCGGCUUGUUAUGCUCUUGCCAUUUCUCCUGACUCCAAAGUCUGCUUCAGUUGUUGCAGUGAUGGAAAUAUUGCUGUCUGGGAUCUCCAGAAUCAGACUCUUGUUAGGCAGUUCCAGGGACAUACGGAUGGAGCAUCCUGCAUCGAUAUUUCUGCUGAUGGCUCGAAAUUAUGGACGGGUGGUUUGGAUAACACGGUAAGGUCUUGGGACCUUAGGGAAGGGAGGCAGCUGCAGCAACAUGACUUCAGUUCUCAGAUAUUUUCACUGGGUUAUUGUCCAACUGGUGAGUGGCUCGCUGUGGGUAUGGAGAACUCGAAUGUUGAGGUUCUCCAUGCCACGAAACCGGACAAGUAUCAGCUACACCUGCAUGAUUCUUGCGUGCUGUCCCUACGCUUCGCCUCUUGCGGUAAAUGGUUCGUCUCCACCGGAAAGGACAACCUACUGAAUGCAUGGCGCACCCCAUAUGGGGCCUCGAUAUUCCAGUCGAAAGAAUCAUCCUCAGUCUUGAGCUGCGAUAUUUCAGCAGAUGAUAAAUACAUCGUUACCGGAUCUGGGGAUAAGAAAGCAACAGUCUACGAAGUCAUGUAUUAAUUAAUAAUGGAUAGGAACUUUGUUUAAAGAUCUCCAAAAGCACGAAUUCGUUGUAAAUAUAUAGUUAUUAAUGUUAUUAUUACAGCAGCCUUUCGCUUAUUACCCACUCGAAAGGAUUCCGCUCUCUGUGCACGCACAUAAUGAAAUAAGGUAUAUAAACUUGAAAAGGCGAAGAUUCUAUCUUCUGAUUUCUGAACACUUCAAUUUUUGUAUUGUCCUCAUUUUCAGAAACAUCCAUUCGUUUAAAUUACUUUUCAAAAGUGGGUAAUUAUCGCAAGACUGCUGUACUUUUAGUUUUUAUAAAUAAUUGCCAUAAUUAUUGAUAUUAUUGCAUUGUUGUUGUUGUUCUGACAUGAGAACGGAUGUGAUAAUCUAUGGGAAUUUUCACUGAGUGUCGUUUUUUUAAAGAAUAUUUUAAAAGAACCUUUAACAUUUGACGUUUUUCGGAAAAAUGUUAUUUCAUCCUGUUCACUUAAAGAGAAAAGAUUUUAUCAUGUGAUGCUAUUUUUUAUUAAUGUUAUUUUUAAUAUAAUUGUUCUAGAAGCUAUAAUCGCAAAUCUUACAAGAAAUAAAUAUUGUGCUGAGUUUUCAAAACUCAAAUUCGUUUUAUGUAAGCUGAUAAAAAAAAUAUGUUAAAUUUUUUCUCAUAUAAGAGAUGAGUCACCAAGUCCUAAAGCGUCAAGUUUUAUUGCACACAUUGUGUUCUUGCAUGCACAAGAUGUGCUCUAAAGUGGUUUUACAGAAUGGAUCGAAAUAUCGGCACUUUGCGUAUUCUCAGAUCAUGUCCUUGUCAUUUGCUAAUUUCGAGCGACGAUUUAAGUUAUUUGUAUUGAUUGUAUAUUAUAUAAACAAAAAUAUUAGAAGCAAAUAGACGUUAAUGUAUUUUAUAUUGUGUACAUUAUGUAUAUAGUUAAAGUCGUUAGAAACUUAUAUUCAUAUUUUUCUAUGUCGUAUAGCGAGGGAGAGAUGUGUAGAGAAAAGACUGUCGAGUGAGAGUGAGAGAGAAAGAGAGUGAGCGAGAAAAGAGGUGAAAAAGAAAUUGCAGAACUUUGAAAUACCAUUGUAGCGUCAUUCGCAUCACUCAUCGUUUAUAUUUAAAGCAGCGCGAAUCCAAACAAUAAAGAAAGAAAAAAUAAAUGAAAAAA